AUGGCCAGAACCCAGCAAAGGUCCCCCUUCGGGCGGAGGGACACCUCCCCGCUCCCAGAGCCUUUCCUGCAGAUGGUGCACGCCCCAGAGUGCCCCCGGCCCCCCGCGCAGACGCGCUCUCAGCGGGAGUUCCUCCUGCCCCACAGGCCCGCGGAGCUACCCGGCUUCACCUGGCAGAAGUACCAGCAGGCGCUCCUGCGGCCGCUGUCGGCCGUGGACAGGAGGGCACAGGUGCGGCGCCUCGAGCUCGGUCCCCAGGAGAGCGAGGCCCGCCACACCUGGGGCUUCCACACGUGGCAGGACGUGGGCCAGCUGCCGGCCGCCUUCCCCGCCAGGCCCGGCGUCCUCUACGACAGCAAUGUCUGGCGCUGGCUCACCAACGCCGGGGCCCACCGCCAGGCCCCCACGGACACGCGGGUGCCCCCUCCGUCCCGCCUGGGGGCCCACAGCUUCCUCACCUUCCUGCACUGCAACCCCAUCUUCCUGGACGCCCAGAGGAAGAAGCAGGUGCUCGCCAGGACGCAGAAGAUGCUGCGAGAGAGCGAGAAGCUCCAGCUGAGGAGCGAGGCCAGGGUUCCGCCGCUGGACGCCAAGGGCAACAUCCUGGCCCCCAAGAACUUCAAGAAGUUCCCGCACAUCUCUGCUGGCGGAAGGUACCAGGCCCAGGGCUCCCAGCUCCUGCCCAACCCGCUCCCCAACCUGUUCGCCAGGCGCCUGCCAUGCCCCAACCCGCUGCCUCACUACCAGCAGAAGGCCUUCGGGCUGGUCCUGCAGCCCCGCGCCCCCCUGAGCCAGGACAUGGUGAGCAGAUUCGUCACCCUCACGGAGGACAGGCUGGUCCUGCCCCUCUGUCACUCCGCGGGGCAACGUGCCCGCGUGUCUCGGCGGAGGAGAAAGUCAAGGCCACGGACAUACCCGGGGGCAUCUCCAGGAGGUACCCCUUUCCUGGACCGCGGCUUUGGUGACCCGGGGGUUGCACACAAGCCAGACCCGUGCUUGUGA